ACAGCCUGGUCGGCUCGCCUACACUGACUGUUGCGUCGCACUCCCCCAUCUGGCAUAGACAAGACGCGGCGCGCCGAGAAACUGACGUGUUUUGCGCAUUUCCUGCAGCAACGUUUAGACGGUCGGGGGGAGAAGAGGUAGGUCUGCAGGAAACCAAGAACAGCAACGGCGAGAGAACAUCCUGGGAGGAUAAGGAGCGAACAGAAACCAAGAAAACCACAACCUAGAGUCGACCUGCAACUAUACAUUGCUUGAGCUAUUCACAAGUCGAGUAGCCUGUUUGGGAAACAUCCCAAAUGCACUGCAAGGAGGGCAGGAGUCGCCCUAUCUUCCAACAGUGGAAUACGAGUGUUUCCAGAGCCCAGUGGAGUUGCAGAGGAUAGAUAUCUUUGAUAGAUUUUGCUCUGUCGAGUUGCGGUUUGGGUAGGCUGUUGAUAUCCCAACUGCUGCAUGGUCAUAUUUUUCCUGCGUAUACGCUUCGCAAAACGUGUAUUAAUUAUAUUCAAAAGAAAGGCUUUGUCUGGUUAAAACCCAAAUGUGGAUUAUCAUUGUGAAAACCGAAACUGUUAAAGGGCAAAAACAAGAACAUUUACUGUCUCUGGACUGUUUCAAAACGACUGAUAAGCAUCCGAUUGGUACGUGUGUGAUAGAGUGACACGGGACGGCAUUUUCCCCUUAUAUUCAAGUCACAACCUCUUUGAAAAACCAUUCAGUCCGUGGACUUAUUUUGAGGAUUCAAACGCUACAUAAAACUAGGCUAAAUUAUUUAUGACCCGUUGAAGUGGCUGGGUUAAAGGAAUAUAUUGUAAACAACCAUUCUUGUUCCAAAGCCCAUUGAAGAGGAUUACAUCACCGCAAUGGUGGUUUUCAAUGGGUUAUUGAAGAUCAAGAUUUGUGAGGCGUUGGACUUGAAACCGACGGCUUGGUCUCUCAGGCAUGCGGUUGGCCCAAAAACUCAGACUUUUCUCCUAGACACCUACAUCGCACUAAACGUGGAUGACUCGCGUGUGGGCCAAACCUCCACCAAACAGAAAACCAACAGCCCUGCGUGGAACGACGAGUUCGUUACGGAGGUGCAUGACGGAAGGAAAAUCGAACUGUCGGUGUUUCACGACGCGCCAAUUGGAUAUGACGAUUUCGUGGCUAACUGCAUCAUACAGUUUGAAGAUAUAUUGCAGAAUGGCAGUAAGCACUACGAGGAAUGGAUUGACUUGGAGCCUGAGGGGAGGGUGUACGUCAUCAUGGACCUGUCUGGAUCGUCUAGUGAAGCUCCAGGCUCCAGUGAGAAUGCAGAGGAGCGUGUGUUUCGGGAGCGCAUGCGGCCAAGGAAGAGGCAGGGUGCCGUACGAAGGAGGGUCCAUCAGGUCAACGGACACAAGUUCAUGGCCACAUACCUACGACAGCCUACCUACUGCUCCCACUGCAGAGACUUUAUAUGGGGUGUGAUCGGGAAACAGGGCUACCAGUGUCAAGUGUGCACGUGUGUAGUCCAUAAGCGCUGCCACGAGCUCAUCAUCACAAAGUGUGCUGGGAUGAAGAAAGACAAAGAGGACACUACACCAGAGGAGGUUGGAUCCCAACGGUUCAGUGUUAAUAUGCCUCAUAAGUUUGGUAUUCACAACUUCAAAGUCCUAACCUUCUGUGACCACUGUGGAUCACUAUUGUGGGGACUGCUCAGACAAGGGCUGCAAUGCAAAGUCUGUAAGGUGAAUGUACACAGACGCUGUGAAAGUAACGUGGCCCCUAACUGUGGGGUGGACGCGAGGGGCAUCGCCAAGGUUCUGUCUGACCUGGGGGUCACACCAGACAAGAUCUCCAGCAGUGCCCAGAGGAGGAAAAAGAUAACCCAAGAACCCCAGCAGCCGUUACCAUGUACCCCCCAGACAGAGGAGGACCGAUCCAAAUCGGCCCCCACCUCCCCAUGUGACCAAGAUCUGAAAGAGUUGGAGAACAUCCGCAAGGCUCUGUCGUUUGAGCAACGUGGACAGGAACACAAGUCAGCCUCGUCCUCCUCUUCCAGCAGGGUGGGGUUGGGCUCAGAGGUGGGCGAGGCCCGAGAGAACGGAGAACUCAAGAUCAUCCAGACCAAGAGGAUGACCCUGCAGGACUUCGUCUUCAUCAAGGUCCUGGGCAAAGGCAGCUUCGGAAAGGUGAUGCUGGCUGAGCUGAAAGGAACUGAUGAAGUGUAUGCUGUGAAGGUGCUGAAGAAAGACGUGAUCCUGCAGGAUGAUGAUGUGGACUGUACCCUGACAGAGAAACGCAUCCUGGCCCUGGCUAGGAAACACCCCUACCUGACCCAGCUCUUCUGCUGCUUCCAGACCAAGGACCGUCUGUUCUUUGUGAUGGAGUACGUGAACGGAGGAGACCUUAUGUUCCAGAUCCAGCGUUCCAGGAAGUUUGACGAGGCGCGCUCUCGCUUCUAUGCCGCCGAGGUCACGUCUGCCCUCAUGUUCCUUCACCAACAUGGAGUAAUCUACAGAGAUCUGAAAUUGGAUAACAUCCUGUUGGAUGCACAUGGCCACUGUAAGCUGGCUGACUUUGGCAUGUGUAAGGAGGGGAUCCUCAACGGAGUCACCACCACCACCUUCUGCGGGACCCCUGACUACAUCGCUCCUGAGAUCCUACAGGAGCUAGAAUAUGGCCCAUCUGUGGACUGGUGGGCUCUGGGGGUGCUUAUGUACGAGAUGAUGGCGGGCCAGCCCCCCUUCGAGGCUGACAAUGAGGAUGACCUGUUUGAGUCCAUUCUCCACGAUGAUGUCCUCUACCCAGUGUGGCUAAGCAAGGAGGCAGUCUCCAUCCUGAAAGCGUUCAUGACGAAGAGUCCAAACAAGCGUCUGGGCUGUGUGAUCACCCAGGGCUUGGAGGAGGCCAUCAAGGUUCAUCCCUUCUUCAAGGAGAUCGACUGGGUUCUGCUGGAGCAGAAGAGGGUCAAACCACCCUUCAAACCUCGCAUUAAAACCAAAAGGGACGUGAACAACUUUGACCAGGACUUCACUCGCGAGGAGCCUGUCCUCACCCCUGUAGAAGACGCCAUUAUUAAGCAGAUUAACCAAGAUGAGUUCAAGGGUUUCUCCUACUUUGGAGGGGAGGAGACUCUGUCCUAAGGCCUGCACACACACACACACACACACACACACACACACACACACACACACACACACACACACACACACACACACACACACACACACACACACACACACACACACACACACACACACACACACACACACACACACACACACACAGAUGCUGUCUGCCUCAUCUUUGUGUUUAUGCAUGCAGACCAACACACACAUGCAUGUAUAGACACACAUACAUGUAUAUGCAGAAACACUGACAUACACACUCACAUUCACGAACACACACACACACACCACACACACACACACACACACACACACACACACACACACACACACACACACACACACACACACACACACACACACACACACAUACAUAUAUUCUCACAUACAGACAUCCAGAAAUAUACUGUACAAUAGACACAGAGUAAAUUAUUACAUUCACACACUCAUACAACACUCUGGCCAUUAGGGCCUCUGAUUAGUAACAAAAAACAUAAACCUGAUCAUCUACAGCGCUGUACCAGUAUAUUUUUCUGUCUGUCCAUCAGUGCAUGUUUUCUAUGUUAAAAAUCUAUGUAAUUCGAGAGUAGGUCAUAUAGGAAGCCCAUCUGCUUUAUUAUCAAGUUCCUAUUGGCUGGUCCAGAUCACUCCUGAUCCAAUCAGAGCGGUAAAAAAAAAACUCAUUGUGGUGGUGGGUGGCCAAUGGAUUGGCCUCCUGAGACUGAAUAUAGCCUGGCCCUUGGCCCGGGCUGAUAACAGUGAUGAAAGCUCCUCACAGUCCUGCCCCAGAUUAUGUCACAAGGCCCUUUCCAGUGGACUAUGAAAUGAACAGGGAAUGUUUGUGUGACGGUGUCAACUUUAUGUGUAUAUAAGGAUUAAAAGGUCAGGGGUUAUGUGUGCUUUGGGCAGGGGUCUUGUUCGACAAGGUCUUCGUACGAUAGGUCAUACUUUCAACUGUUUCGAAAAAUAUCCUAGUUCCUCAGUGAGUAUAUGACACUGAAACAAUGAUAUUAUUAUAUUAAUCUGUAAUUUCUCAAGCUGUCCUUUAAGUCUCUCGAUGUACUAGAAUCUCCUCUGUCGUGUUUGAAUGCGAAAAACCAAAUCCUUAGAACCAAUGAUUGUAUUUAAAAAAGCUAUAAAAAAACGAUUGGUUCACAGUAUCAAUAAAAAAGAGAAGCCUGUAACUAUUGAUACUGUUUCAAAGUUUCCUCACGAUCAAAACAUGCCAGAAUUAGAAUGAGUCCAUGUAUAGUACAUCAAAUGCCUUUUGUGUGUAACUGCGAACCAGUUACGUAUUGUAGAUAUGCCCACAGUGUUAUGGUAGUCUAGAUUCAUAUAUUCCAAAUGAAUGCCAUGGGUUUCAAUGUGGAAGAAUGUGCUUGUAUGCAUGAGUGAUCGUGGGGAUACAACUGAAUGUAUCGCAUCUGUUUGCGUGCACGUGUGUGUGUGUCUGUUAGUAUACUGCGAGGUAGUUGUUUGUGCGAGUUUGUUUUUGAGUGCGAUAUAGGCAGUGGGUUCAUGAGAAUGGCCCUUUUGAAGCGUUUUACAUUUCAUUGGGUCAGUUUUAUUUCAUUGUAUGUUCUAUUUCAUUAUGUUUGAUUUGUCGUGAUUUUACUGGAUUGUCUUGUUGCUCAGAGUUUGAAAUCCUGGAUUUCCCUGCUAUGCAACAAGACUCACAAUCAUGUGGGUGAAGGCAUCACCAGAUAGCCGUGUCUUUCCCUCUGUACAGAUCACCUUGUAUAUAGAAGCCUGUGGACUUCUUGGAGAAAUAGAGGUAUCAUCCUUUGCAUGGUCAUGCAUAUGAUAUUAUUGUGUAUUAUCAGAAUAUGAAAACGUUACAAUGUCCAUGUGCAAUAUUCUGUGUAUGUUUCUGUCUGUUUUUGCUUUCCUUUUCUUUCUUGCCGGGUGUCUUCACUGUUCUUCCCUCCGCUGACUCUUUGCUGUUGUUCUGUUUGGUUUUGACAUAUAUAUGCAUGGCUGUUUUCAUUUGCCUGUCCUCAACUCAGCUGAUAGCCAUGUCUAUGUGCUUCCUUCAGAAUGCUCCAUCAAACCACCCCACCACCCCUUUCCCUGCCCUCUCUCCUUAACUCUCUUUGAAAAGGUCAACAUUUCCUAUAGCAUAUCUCUUUAAAACAUCAAUGUAACCAAAGGUAGCAAAGCUAUUGGACUAAUUCAUUUUAUGGAAACCAUUGACCUUCUCAAUGCACUCAUGCCUAAUAACUCUCUGACCAGUAUAUGGUUUAUUGCAGGUCUACACCAAAUCAAGGUAAAGUCCAAUCUACUCUCAAAUUCUAUCAAUAUCCAUGUUGCUUUGUUUCAAUACUGCAAGUAGUACAUUCCGUUUUGGAGUAGAAACUUUAAAGUAACGUUUGAAAUUUGGAGAUAUAGUAGUAGGACUAUUUGCAAUUGAAGAGGCAGGGGUGGCACUGUGGUAGUGAAAGUAGCAGUACUGUAGAAGGAGCCGUAGCAUUUGUUAUUGUAGUAGUAGUUUAAGUAGUGUAGAUGUAGUAUUAUUAGUAGCAUGUAUAAUAGUGCUAGCUCCACUAGCAGUAGCAGUUAUGGUAUGGGGAGCAGGAGUAACUGUAGCAACAGUGGUAGUAACAGUAGUAAUAGUAAUAGUGGACAGUAUCAUGGUGUCAACUGUCAAAGCAAUACUGAUCAAGCAGUAUUUAAAAGGCUUUAAACAUGCCUCUCAUACUAGAUCCUGAAAAUGCUUAAUGCUCCCCCAGCACACACACCACUGCAUGUAGGCCUUUCAUACACCUAAAGCGCCCAUGCAUUUGACACGUAGGCACCUGUGUCAAUGGAUCACAUGAUCCCCCUCUGUUACCCAGUUAGUGCAUAGCAACAUGAGAACCGUGUUAAAGGAUCUGAAGGUAAAGAGGACAUUUGACAGACGUCACCAUUCAGGCUGGCACAAUGCUGUUUCCUUAUGCCGUUUUUUUAGGAUGUAACCGUUACAGUACUUGUCUCCCCUCGUAUAGCUCAUAUCUACCCUCUUCUCUCUGUCUGUAUCGUGUCCUUUAAUUUCAUUUACCUGUCUCUUUGGUUUACAGUCUCUCUGUUUUGUCUGUGCUUCUCGAUGUUAGGCCUCUUAUGUUUGUGUUUUGUAAGAUGGUGGAUCACUGUCCUAGGGUGGCCCUGCAGGUCCAAAAUCCUCCAUGCCAAAUGCUAACUCCAAUUGUCCAUCCUCCUUCUUUUAUUUGGACUUUUUAAACUGUCUGUAAUAGGAAGAAGAAAGAACAGCACAUAGGAAACCCAUUUGGUCUGUUGUAAAGUCAAUGAACCAGUAACGCUCAAUAAGUAUAAUAUACUGUACAUGGCUGGAGAAGUACCUCUUAAAUUGUGUGUAACAAUAUGUCUGGCUGAGUAUUAUGUAUUUUUUUACAUACAGUAGAAUAAAACAUACAGACAUCUGAAUUAUAUUACUGUAUGUACCUCUACAUUUAGGAUCGGUUUCCCGGACCCAAAUUAAGACUACUUCUGGACUAAAAAGCAUGUUCAAUAAAGAAUAUCUAUUGAAAUGGCUUUUUAAACCAGGACAAGGCUUAUUUCUGGGUCUGGGUAACCGGAUUUAAUUUGCGGUUUCUGUAUUGUGAAGCUUUAUAUGUACAAUUUGUCACCUGACUGAUGUUUUAUUUUGAAUUCCUUUGCCAUUUAUUAGUGUUAUGUCAUUGUAAGCAUUUUGCUGUGUGCCAAAUGUACUGUAUUCUAAAGGAUGUGAAUGUGUAUUGUUUGUUUUUGGAACCUAUUAAAUAUGAUGUCAAAACAAA